AUGACGGAUGAGGCGGUUGUCAAGACCGAUCUCCUGAUCGUAGGGGCAGGCCCCGCUGGCGCCUCGCUCGCCUGCUUCCUUGCCGCUCAUGGUAGAAAAGGCAUUAUCAUUGCGGCGGCUCCCGGGACGGCAGAGACUCCGCGUGCUCAUAUUACGAACAUGGCUGGGCUGGAAUGUUUGCGGGAUAUCGGCCUCGAGCAGGACUGUCUCGAUGUUGCCACGCCCAGCCACAACAUGGCCCAUACCAGAUGGUGCCGCAGCAUGGCUGGGGAGGAAUUUGCGAGAGUCUACUCGUGGGGUCAUGACCCGAAGCACAAAGGUGACUACGAGGCAGCUAGCCCCUGUGACCAUGUCGACCUACCGCAGACACUCCUAGAGCCAAUCCUUACCAAGAGAGCCGUCCAUAAAGGCUGGUCGCUCCGGUUCAACACCAAACUGAUCAGCCUUACUCGGCCAUCGCCAGACCUCGUCAUAUCGGAGGUUCUUGACGAGGUGACUCAAAGGACGUACAAAAUCCAUUCUCGGUACUUGUUCGGAUGCGAUGGUGCUCGAAGCCGGGUCGUGCGGGAGCUUGACAUCCCUCUCAUCAAGAAGCCUGGCCAGGGGCUAGCGUUGAAUGUGUUGGUAAGAGCGGACAUGUCGCAUUUCAUUUCGAACCGCAUCGGCAACCUGCACUGGGUGUUCCGCCCCGAGGAAAUGAACACACCUGCUUGGGGGUGGGCCACCAUUGUGCGCAUGGUGCGGCCGUGGAAUGAGUGGAUGUUCAUCUUCCUCCCGGCCCCCGGCGCCGACCUCACCGCGGAUGCGAUGGACGCAACCAAUGAGGAGUAUCUAGCGAGGGUAAAGGAAUUCAUUGGCGACGACUCUGUGAAGGUCGAACUGCUACAUGCUAGCAAAUGGUGGAUUAAUGAAAUCGUGGCUGAGUACUACUCCGAUGGCAACAUUUUCUGCCUCGGCGACGCAGCGCAUCGUCAUCCGCCAUUCAACGGUCUCGGCUCUAAUACCUGCAUUCAAGAUGCCUUUAACCUCGCCUGGAAGAUUGACUAUGUCAUGUCCGGCAAGGCGGGGCCUAAACUGCUCGAGUCGUUUAACAAAGAGCGCCAGCCCGUCGGCGUCGAUAUCAUCACCCGGGCAAACCAAGGUCUCCGAGAUCACAGCCAGUGGCAAAAGACGAUGGGGAUUCUCGAAACUGACGAGGCAAAACGGCUCGAGAUCCUGGCCGAGUUCGACGACCAAGGGGAGAAGGGCCAGAAACGAAGGCGGGACUUCCAGGAGGCCAUUGAGAAUACCACCACCGAGUUCCACGGCCUGGGGAUCGAGAUGAACCAACGCUAUAACUCGGAUGCGGUGUACCUAGCCGACCAGGGCCCGCCACCAGUCCUGCCCGAAGGCGCGUGCAAGGUCAAGACGCACCAGAUCACGACGUACCCCGGCCGCCGCCUGCCGCACGUUUGGCUCAACACGCGGCUUCCCGCUCAGCCGAUCUCAACCAUUGAUCUGGCGGGACACGGUCGCUUUUGUUUGCUGACCGGCCCGGGGGGGCAACGGUGGAAGGACGCCGCUCGGUCUGUUUCUGUGGCCGUAGGGGUGGAAGUGGUCGCAUACUCGAUCGGCUGGAAGCAGGACUAUGAGGAUGUCUACUUUGACUGGGCCAAGAAGCGCGAGGUGGAUGAGAAUGGGUGCGUCUUGGUUCGCCCUGACAGAUUUGUAGCGUGGAGGUCGAGUGGCAUGAAUGCGGACCCGGAAAAGAAGCUCGAAGAGGUGAUGAGAAGCAUCCUCGCUUUGUAA